GCGAUAGUCCCGUACAGAGCACCCGCGCCGAAUGAAGGUCAACAAGAAGGAAGCGGAUCCGGGUCUAAUCAAGGGUACGGGAACUACAACAAUCGAGGUUAUGGAAGGAGCUACAAUCAAGGGUACAAUCGUUCCGGAUACCAGCAGCGACCGAGGAAUAACUGGUGGGUUGAUAAUCGAGAGCGGGAGAAGGAAGAUAAAUUCGAGAGGGUAUGAGGAUGGUAUUCGGAAGAGAUGCAAGCUAAGGAAAAGGAGAAACGGGCAAAGGAGUAGCAACCGAAGGAAGAGGAGGAGAAGAAGAGAGCGUUGCAAGCAGAGGAGGAACUCGAGAAAAAGAAGAGGGAACAAGAAGACUUCGAGAAAUCCAUCGGGAGAUUGGUUAAGGAUAAUAUGAAAGAAGUGUGCGAGCAGAUGAUGGGGAAGAAAGCCAGCUGUAGCCAGGAGACGAUUGCGGCUGUCUGCGCUGUAGCUCGAUGCACGGAGCAAGAGAGCCGUUGGCAUAGAGAGGAUGUUGCGGCAAGGGAGCAACUAGAGAAGCAAAGGUGCAACGAGGUUGACCGCCUGAGACGGGAGAAUGAAGAACUCACUAGAGUGGCCUCAGGAAGGGCCAACAGAGAACUGGAAUCCCUCAAGGCCGACAAUCAGACACUUCUACAGGACGUACUUCAGUUGAAGGAAGAAAUGGAACAGUGGAAAAGAGGCAGCAAGCGGACUCGGAGCUCGGCAGCAGUUACAGAGAAGAGUCCUCCCGCGGAGCCCGCACGAGGGAAGACGAAGGCCAGCACGGAUGGACAAACUCCAGCCGAAUGGGCCAAGCUUGCUGAUGCGUACCAGCGAGUACGGGACGAAAAGGAUAUGGUCGAACGUGAGGUUUCGGCCCUCAAGGAGCGAAUCAACCGCAUCAAGAUUUCGUCCCCGUCAAGUUCCAGGAAGAAGGUGUUCGUCAGAAGGAAGAGCCACAAAGGUGGCGUCAGCAGCCCUGUUCGGAAAGAAGGCGACCAAGUCAAAGUCACUUUCGUUAGAAAAGUUGGCGAGGAGAGAGAUAACUUCCAAAAGAGGGUCAACAAUGACCUUGGGAAGUUGAGGAAAGCUCAGUUGGAAGGGUUGUGUAAGGAUGAAGGGAUUGAGUAUGGUGGCGUUAAGAAGACGGCUGAAGAUCUCGCCGACAUCUACACAACCAGAGCUUACGAGCAACCGAUGAGGAGAAGGCUGAUCGAGGAUAAUAACGAGGAGGAACCCGAAGAAGAAGAUCAAGAAGAAGGUGAGUCCGCCGAUAUGGCGGGGGCCCCCACUGAGGCAUCCGCUGAGGCAACGACGUCUGAAGAAUCACCGUAGAGCCGGUUCCGAGCGUCGGUGAUAUUUAUUCCUCUUUGUCUAUGAUUCGAAGUCUACGGAGAAGAUGUGAUGAUAGGCAGGAUCGGUUCCGUCUUAAUCGACUUUUUCGAUACUUCGUCAUCUCUCUGAUUCUCUCGUCUGCCCUGUGUUGGGGAAACAAAUUCGCUCCAUUCAU